CCUGGAGGUCCAGUUUAAGGGCAUCCCUCCCCCCGUCAUCACGUGGUACAGAGACAACUUUGAGAUCCACCCGUCCCGAGACUUCCAGAUCUCCACCUCAGAGACCACCAGCACACUGCAGAUUCCAGAGGUGUUUGCCGAGGACUCCGGACUCUACACCGUCAAAGCCUACAACAAGUUCGGAAUGGUUCAGUGCAAAGCCAAGCUCAGCGUGGAAGGCAUCGAGAGUGACGUGGAACCCAGCCAGCCCGAGUCCCUGGCCCAGCCCCCCAGCUUCAUCCGUCCUAUCUCCAACAUGAUGGUGACUGAGGGGACGCCGGCCAAGUUUGAGGCGGUCUUUUCGGGUGUGCCCGCCCCAGAGAUCACCUGGAUCAGGAAUGGCAUACAGACUCUACAGGACUGUAGAGAGUACAAGAUCGAGACAGUUGACCGACUCACCAACUUGACCAUCUACAAAGCUCACCCCGAGGACACGGGACUCAUCACGUGCCGAGCCAAGAACCAGGCCGGCACAGCUGAGUGCUCCGCGGAGCUGUACGUGCAACCCGAGGAGGAGACCCGUCAGCUUGCUAAACAACUCAACAUCUCCGUGGCCCAGAAACCGCCCGAGUUUGUCAAACCACUGUCUCCUUACGUGGAGUUCAACAUAGGAGAAGUGGCCAGACUGGAGGCGGAGAUCGUUGGCGAGCCCCAGCCCCGUGUCACGUGGUACAAGGACGGCAUCGAGAUUCAAACCACGGACCGUCGCAAGACGGUGCAAGAGGACCGCAGAGCCGUCCUUAUCCUCAUCGACGUGUCGAGACAGGACGAGGGAGAAUAUGUCCUCAAGGUGGAGAACGAGCUUGGGGAGGUCCUUUGUCGUACCACUCUGGUGGUUAAAGGCAAAGAGAAAGAAGUGGAGAUCCCCGGCACCCAGACUGACCAGGUGAUGACCAUGACAAAGACAGUGACCACUGUCCAGCGAGAGGAACACGUCAUCCUGCAGCAGGUGCGGCCCAUGUUCGUGGCGCCGCUGGAGCCGGAGAUCUACGUGCGGGAGCGGGGGAUUGCCAGACUGGAGUGCCAGGUGGACUCCCACCCUCCCCCUCUGGUGACGUGGUUUGUCAACGGUAUGGAGAUCAAACCUUCCCCCCACUACGAGAUCCGCUAUGAGGACGGCAAGAGUAUCCUGCUCAUCAUCGAGGUCGCGCCUCAAGACACUGGAGAGUAUACCUGCAAGGCGGUGUCUGAGCUGGGAGAGGCUGUCAGUUCUACCACACUUUACGUGCAAGGUGAGCCUGAUCAUCGUGGAGGUAUUCCCCGAGGACCAGGGUCAGUACAUCUGUGUGGCCAAAAACCCCGCUGGUCAAGCCACUACAUCUGCCUACCUGAGUGUACAGGAGACUAAGGAAACCACACUGGAGCUACAGGUGGAACCCAUGCAGGACGAAGUGUUCACAGUGGACACCUCUGCCCCUCAACAGAUCGAGUUUGUUGUGAAGCCAGAGGAGGAGACGCCCAUGGAGGUGGAGCCCACAGAAGUGGCCGAGGAACAGGUGGUGCCUGACGUCAUUGACCGACCCAAGGUGGAGCCACUGGAGAAAGAAGAGCCAAUGGCCGAGUCGCCCGUCUUCUCGCCCAUCCCAGACUCUGUGACGUCAGUGACCAGCUCAGACACGUACUACACAGCCCAGGAGGACGUGGACGACGAGGAAGUCGUGGAGCUGGACAUUGUUCCAGAGUCGCUGGAGCGGACCAUCACUCUCCCCGAGGAGUUGGAGGAGGAGGAGGAGAAGACUCCUGAACCUGAGGAGCCUGUGGAGGAGAUCCCUCAAGAGGUCGUUGAGGUGAGCCAGGUACCGGAAGUGGAAACCCCCGAGGUGCCCGCGGAAGAGCCGGCCCAGGUGACCUUGCAGCAGGAAGAGGUCACACAAGAGGUCACGACAGAGACAGAGGAAGUGACCUUUGUCAUCCAGGCCGGACCCCCGGAAGAAGGGAAGGAACUGGUGCCUGAGGAACCUCAAGAGCCUGGAGGUAGAUGUGGAGUCCCAUCCCGAGUCCACCAUCACGUGGUACAAGAACGAGGUGCGACUCACGCCCACAGAGCGCGUGGAGCUCACCAGACAGGACAAGACUCACGUGCUGGUGAUCGUGGAUGCACGUCCGGACGACUCCGGGGAGUAUGUGUGUGAAGCAGAGAACGUGUUGGGCAAGACUGUGUGUCGUACGACACUCACUGUCAACCGCGAAGAGACAGUUGUGACGGACGAGGUCCACAAAGAGACCAUCGAGAUUGACCGUAGCCCAGAGCAGGUCAUGGAAGGACCUGACCACACAAAGGUCACAGAGGUCAUCGACGUGGACACGCUCAUGCAGCCAGAGCCCAAGAGAGAGACGUUCGAGAUUCAGAUCGGCCUCCCCCAGCAGCAGCCGACAACGACGUCCACCACGGUGGUACAGGAGACUUCCACCUUCACACAGGUCACACGCGAGUUCGUGGAUGACGUUCCUGCCGUCACCGAAGGACCAUCCACCCAGACCACUACCACCACCGUGACCGCCAGGAAGGACGAAGAGCUUGCUCCCAUAGAGCUCCGAGUUCAAGUCCCGGUGGGACCCCAGGAGGAGUUUGUGGACCACUACACAGAGGCGACACGGACCAUCACUCAGGAGAUCAAGUCGAUCCCCGUGGCAGACACCUCCCUACCCGAGGAGACUCACACGGAGACGAUUGAGAUCACCACCCAGCAGCCACAGCCGAUGGACAUCCCCAUCACUGUGUCGUCCACCACCACCACACAGGUCUCACAGACUGUCGAGGCCACCAGAGCCGCCGCUCAGCGCAUCGAGGUGGAGAUCCACGAGACCACGCUACAGAAACAGCCACAGACCCAAGAGAUCCAGGUGGCCAUCGGCAAGGUCAGCACUGCCGACAUACAGGUCAAGGAGGUUGCUCCGGACAGCGAGGCUCCCCGCCCCAGCGAGGAUAGGAUCGAGGAGACACGGACGACCAUCACGAAAGAAACCAAAGUGAUUGAGAUCAAGAAACCCGAGCCGGAACCUCAGAGGGAGGAGAUUCAGCUGACGUUUGCUGUCGCUGCCCCCCAGCCCGAGGAGACGGGUCAGAUAGAGGAGACUGUGCCGGAGACCACCUCCCAGGAGGUAAUCCAGACCAGGGAGGAGACCGUUGAGAUGACCUUCACGACCUCUGUGGUUGAGGAGGUCACGGAAGACAAACCCGAGGAGCGGCCAGAGGAGGUAGACAUGGAGGAGACGGAGGUGAAGAUCCCCUUUGAAGAAACCGUGGAGGUAGAACAAGACACUGUGGAGAAAUCUGUGGUCCCCAGCGAGGUGGAGAUUUCUGUACAACUCCCUGAGGCCCCCGAGGAGCCGCUGGAGGAAGAGAAGCCAGAGAGUACCGUGGAGGAAGUGGUGGACACACAGGUGGUCAGCUCUGAGGUGUCCGUGGUCCCCACUGAGGUGGACACUAGCGUGACGGAGGAGCGGUCAGAGACUGUGGAGAAAGUGGAGCUGGUCAUCGAGGCCACACAGCCCGUGGAGGAGGUCACCGAGACGGAAGUGAGCGAAGUGGAGAUGCUCAUCCAGAUGCCGUCCGCCGUGGACGAGAUGGUGGAGGAGAAACCCGCGGAGGUGGACCGUCCUCUAGACGAGCAGGUCACAGAGACCAGCGAGACGAUCGUGGUGAGUACAUCGGAGGUCACGGCCGACCUGACCCCUCAGGUUCCGGCGGAAGUGGAGUUCCAGCUGGAGGUCAAGCCGGAGGAAGACGUGGAGGAGAAGCCCGAGGAGGUGACCACCACGGUCAGCGAGACGGAGGCUGUGGUCACUCUCGAGACUCAGAUCCCCGCCCCUCAGGAGGAGAGCCAGGUGUCCCAGGUGACGUCAGAGGAGACGACCUUCACCGUGCAGGUGGGUCAGCAGCCAGAGGUCACCGAGGUUCCCCAGGUGUCUGAGGACACGACAGAGGAGAUCACCCUGGAGGUCCAGAUGACGGAGGAGGAAGCCAUGACGCCGGAGACAGUCACCACAGACAUACAGGAGACCACGGUCACAGAGACAGAACAAGUCCUGGAGUCACACAAAGAGGAGAUCGAGCUUCAGAUUGGACAGAAACCCGCGGAGACCACGGAAGAAGUUCAGUUCUCGAUCCAGCUCCAACCGGACCAGACAGAAGUCUCCCAGAUGGAGAUCACCGUAGACUCGAGCACGACAGACAAAAUCGAGCUGGAGGUGCAAGAGGAGCCCAUGGAGACGGAGACAUUUGUCUCUGAAGUGGCUGUGAGCAAAGAUGAGACAACUGAGAGCCACAGAGAGGAGCUCAGCUUCCAGAUCCAGGGCCAGCCUCAGGAGAUUCAGCCCGUGGAGCUGACUCUACAGGUCCAGGAGAAGCCGGAGGAAGAGAUUGUGGUGGAGACGCAGGCCCCAGAAACGGAACAGAUUAUUCUAGUGGCUGACGAGAGCCAGGGACGCGCUCCCGAGUUCACGUGGGGCCUCAUGUCGCUUAAGGUCAUGGACGGAGAAGAGGUCAAGUUUCGUUGUGAGGUGACCGGCGAGCCAAUGCCGGAGAUCUCGUGGUACCAUGACGACAAGAUCAUCACGGAGAACCAGGACUUCAACCUGACAUAUGACGUAGAGAGUGGUGCGUGCACGCUGCUCAUCGCCGAGGUCUUCCCGCAAGACGCUGGCGAGUACAAGUGUGUGGCUGUCAACCCAUUCGGCGAGGCCGUCACGCGCGCCUAUCUCGAGGUGGAAUCCUACGAGUACAUGGCAGACACUGAAGAAGCCUCUGACUCCAUGAUGUCCUCUCUCGAGCCCUCCUCCCCGAAGCCCACGCCGGCAGACUCGGACACCGAGGCCCUGGCACACACCCAGGAGUUCGUGGAGGAGAUCCAGAAGCUCCAGGAGAAGAUCGCCACCGAGCUGACGGAGGCUGACGACCAGGUGCCUGACGAGGAUGUCGUGGACUCCCGCCCCGUGGCGCAAGCCGAAGUGGAGCAGGAGCAGCCGGAUGUGGAGCAGACGGUGGAGAUCGUGGAAGAGUCCACUGACGUCGUCACAGAGACGCAGGAAGUCGUGGAGUCUGGCGAGACAGAAGUGGAGGACACAGAGUUCCAGGCUGACUCCGUGGUGGAGGUUCCUCAAGUAGAGGAGACCAGCCCGGCUGAGGAAGUUAUGCCUGAAGUGGACGAGGCUCAGACCUCGGAGAUCGUGGUCCAGUUCGAGAAACCUGACCAGGAACAGCCAGACAGCUACCAGACGGAGGUUGUCGAGGAAGUGGUCACUCAACCAGAACUGACAGAAGUCACAGAGUCCGAGCAGGCGGAAGUUCAGCCGUCCGAGAUCCAGGUGGAGCUGGCGGAGACAGAGCAAGAGCAGCCGACAGAGUACCAGACCGAGGUGUCUAUGGAGAUUGUGGCUCAGCCUGAGAUCUCCGACACCGCCGAGUUUGUCCCCGAGGAAGUGCAGCCCGCCGAGAUUCAGAUCGAUCUUGCGCAACCCGCGGAGGAACAGCCCGAGGAGUACCAGACACAGGUGGCUGAGGAGGUAGUGAGCCAGCCCGAGGUCUCUGAGACCACCGCGGUGCCCACUGAGCAAGUCGAGCCCUCAGAGAUUGUGGUGGAGAUUGCUCAAGCCGAUAGAGAGCAGCCGGAGGAGUAUCAGACAGAGGUCUCCUUUGAGACUGUCACUCAGCCGGAAGUGGAAGACACGACGGAACCAGAGACAGAGGAAGUCCAGCCGUCGGAGAUCCAGGUGGACCUCACGGAACCCUCCCAGGAGCAGCCUCAGGAGUACCAGACGGACAUCACCGAGGAGCUCAUUGACCAGCCAGACGUCCAGGACACCACAGAGGUAGUCACCCAGGACGUCCAGCCCUCAGAGAUACAGGUGGAAGUCGUCGAGGCCGAGAAAGAACAACCUCAGGAAUAUCAGACCGGAGUGACCGAGGAAGUGGUCAGUCAGCCAGAGGUGAGCGACACCACUGAUGUACAGACAGAGGAAGUUCAGCCCGCGGAGAUAGAAGUUGAGCUUGCUCAACCAGAACAAGAACAACCUGAUGAAUACCAGACUGAAGUUAUCGAGGAGGUAAUCACACAGCCUGAUAUUUCAGAAACUACCGAAGUGGUUACCGAAGAGGUUCAACCCUCUGAGAUCCAAGUCGACAUUUCUGAAGCGGUCAAAGACCAGCCCGAGGAAUACCAGACUGACGUCACCGAGGAAGUCGUGGCGCAGCCCGACGUGUCAGAGACAACAGACACAGAGACUGAGGAAGCCCAGCCCUCGGAGAUCCAAGUGGAGCUCGUGGAGGCAUCAAAAGAGCAGCCGGAAGAGUACCAGACUGACGUCACCGAGGAAGUUGUGGCUCAGCCCGAUGUGGCUGACACCGCAGACGUCGACAAGGAGGAGUUGCAGCCGUCGGAAAUCCAAGUGGGAGUUUCUGAAGCGGCCCAGGAACAGCCUGAAGAGUACCAGACUGGACUUGUGGAAGAAGUCAUCCCACAGCCAGACACUGCAGACACUGCUGAGGCUGAGAUGGAAGAGAUUCAGCCCACAGAGAUCCAGGUGGAGGUUUCUGAAGCUGUGAAAGAUCAGCCCGAGGAAUACCAAACUAGCGUCACUGAGGAAGUCGUGAGCCAACCCGAUAUUUCAGAAACUACCGAAGUGGUGACCGAAGAGGUGCAGCCCUCUGAGAUCCAAGUCGACAUUUCUGAAGCUGUGAAAGAUGAGCCCGAGGAAUACCAAACUGAGGUCACAGAGGAAAUCAUCACGCAGCCUGAAAUCUCAGACACCACGGAAGUAGAAACUGACGAGGUUCAACCCUCGGACAUCCAAGUUGAACUUGCACAGCCUGCCCAAGAGCAGCCCGAAGAGUACCAGACAGGAGUCACCGAGGAAGUCGUCACUCAACCCGAUGUGUCGGAGACCACGGACGUGGAGCUUGUGGAGGUACAGCCCACAGAGAUUCACCUCGACAUUUCCGAGGCAACGAAAGAGCAGCCUGAGGAAUAUCUGACAGAAGUGGCUGAGGAAAUCGUCACCCAGCCUGAUGUGACAGACACGACAGACGUGCCGACAGAAGAACUGCAGCCGUCUGAGAUCCAGAUAGAGCUGGCCGAACCUUCCAAAGAGCAGCCUGAAGAAUAUCAGACUAGCGAGACGGAGGAGGUGAUCGCUCAACCCGAGGUCACAGACACAACGGUUGUCCUCACCGAGGAAGUUCAACCGACCGAGAUCCAGGUGGAGCUGACCCAACCUGCACAAGAGGAGCCCUCCGAGUACCAGACAGGCGAGACCGAGGAGGUGGUCUCUCAGCCUGACGUCACAGACACAGCCGUUGUGGAGACGGAGGAAGUACAACCGUCCGAGAUCCAGGUGGACCUGACCAAACCUGAGCAGGAAGAGCCGGAACAAUACCAGACUAGCGUCACGGAAGAAAUCGUAUCUCAGCCCGAAGUGUCGGAGACCACUGAGGUGGAGCUGGGCGAACUGCAGCCUUCAGAGAUCCACGUGGAAGUCUCUGAGGCCGCCGAGCAACAACCCGAGCAGUACCAGACAGGAGUCACUCUCGAGGUUGUGGAUCAACCCGAAGUCUCCGAGACCACCGAGGUCGACAGCGAGGAAGCCCAGACUUCAGAGAGCCACGUGGAGUUUGCAGAAUCCACCCUGGAACAACCUGAAGAAUACAAGACCGAGUUUGUCCUGGAACAGGUCGGUCAGCCGGAAGUGUCUGACGUCACAGCUGUGGUCACUGAGGAGGUCGAGCCCUCCGAGAUCCAAGUUGAACUCGCGGAGACGGCGAAGGAAGAGCCGCAGGAGUACCAGACCGACGUGGCUGAGGAGAUUGUCUCGCAGCCCGAGCUGUCAGACACCACGGAGACAACGACCGAAGAGCUGCAGCCCUCAGAGAUCCAAGUGGAACUUUUAGAACCGGCCAAAGAACAGCCGGAGGAGUUCCAGACAGAAGUGUCCGAGGAAGUGGUCAGCCAGCCUGAGGUAACCGACACAGACCAGGAGGUGCCAGAAGAAGUGCAACCGUCAGAAAUGACUGUCCAACUCGAGGAGGCUGAAAAGGCUCAGCCGGAGGAAAGCACAACUGAAGUAAGUGAAGAAAUUCCUGAACAACCAACCGUUUCUGAGAUUGUCGAAGUAGAUAGCACAAUCGCCGAGGAACAGCUCCAAGAGUUCGCUGAGGAGUUCGCCAAGAAGGUCAUGGAGGAAGUUCGGGAACUGCAGCCACAGGAAGAACCAGUCGUCCCAGAGGACGUGCCCGUGUUGGAAGAAGAGACCCCGGACCAGGUGGAAGAAGAGACCCCAGACCAGGUAGACUCCUUCGUCUCGGAGGUAUCUCACGAGGUGGUCAAGGACACUGAGACUACUAUCACAUCCAGCAUCACCUUCGAGACCACAGCAGACGUGACCGAGAAGUCGGAGGUCGAGCUGACCAUCCCUGCCAAGCCAGAAGAGGAAGAGGAGGUGGUCACUGUGACGGAACAGCUGGAGGUAGCCGCGGAAGAAGCCGAGGCGCCGCGCUUCUUGACCACUCUGAGAGAGAUCACGGUGAUGGAGAACACCAAGCUGGUGCUGGAAGUCGUCUACACGGGACGACCUAUGCCAAAGGUGGUGUGGUUGGUGGACGACGAAGAGUUGACUCCGGCCGAGGACCUGGAGAUAGUGACAGAGUCCGGCCGCUCCACUCUGACCAUCCUGGAGACGUACACGGACGACGAAGGCUUGUACAAGGUGGAACUCACCAGCCAAGUCGGAACCUGCGUCUGCUCUGCUUACGUCACUGUCAAACCUGUAGGUGAAGCUCCGGAGGAGGAGCAGCCGACAUUCAGACAAGAGGUGAGCAUAGUGACGUCAGAGGCGCCGGGUCCCGAGCAGGAGAUCCCGGCGCCCGAUGACGUCACGGAGACCGUGUACACGGAGACCUUGGAGUUCACCAGAGAGGUCGUCGACACAAAGGUCACGGAGGAGAUCCAACUCUCCCCCGCCCCGGAACAACCGCAGGAAGUCGAGUCGGAAGUCCCGGCUCCUGCGGAAGUGACAGAGACACAGAUCAAAGAGACGAUUGAGGUGAGGAGAGAGGAAGCUCCCGCGGAAGAGGUGCCGGAGACCUACACGCAGGAGCUAGUGAUUUCCCCAAAACCGCAGACAUCUCAGGUUGAACUUGACAUCAGCUCGGAAGAAACGUUUCAGCAGACGUUGGAGAUCACCCGACAGGAAACGCAAGUAGCCCAGGAGGAGCGUUUUACACAGGAAAUUUCCUUUGAUAUCACGAAGAAAGAGCCCGAAAGGGAGCACAGUGAAAUUCAAAUCACUUUCGAUAGACAACCAAAAGAGAUUUCUGUUCAAGAAAUCGAAUUUGAUGUGAACUCAGAGCAAACAUUUGAGGAGACGUUGGAUAUCGAUAGAGAAAUGGUCUCUGAAGUAGCCGAGGUGCAGCAAUUUAAACAGGAGAUUUCGUUCGAUGUUUCUAAGCAAGAAACAAAGAAAACCGAGAUUCAGUUUCAGAUGGACACGUCAAAAACCGUCAUUGAGGAAGACACGAUUGAAGUGCUGGAAACGACCGAGGAAGUGGUCGUGGAAGAAGCUGACACAGAGGAGGAGGAAGAGGAGGCGCCAGUCGAGGAGACGACACAGCUAGAUGUGAGCCAAGAGGAAAUACCAUCACAAGAAAUUGUUGAAAUUACAAAGGAGACUCUUGAAAUUGAUGAAUUGAAACCAUCUGAAGUGGAGGAAGUUGAAGAAGUUAUUGAGACAUCAGCGUUCAAAGAAGAAAUUGAAAUUGACAUCAGAAAGCCUGAGGUUGAGACGACAGAGACUCAAAGGGAGACAAUCGUGGUGGAAUUUGAACAUCCUCAGGAGGUGGAGACUGUGACAGAGGUCACAGAGAGCACCACGGUGGAGGAGACCACAGAGACAGAGACUGAGCAGCCCCGGGAAGAGACGAUUGAGGAGCAGAGGGAAGUUAUCGUCGUGGAUUUUGAGGUUCCUCAGGAUGUCGAUGAGGUGCAAGAGGUUCUGGAGACUACCAGGGUGGAAGAAACCCCCGAGUUUGAAGUGGAUCAACCGAAAGAAGAAACUGUGGAACAAAUCCGGGAGACUAUCGUCGUGGAGGGAGAGAAACCACAGGAAGUUGAGGAAGUCGAGGUAACCGUUGAUACAGCCGUCGUGGAAGAAACGACUGAGGUUGAAGUUGAUCAACCCAAAGAAGAAAUCAUUGAAGAAACCAAAGAAACGAUUGUUGUGGAAGAGGAAAAACCACAGGAAGUGGAAGAAACGAAGGAAACAGUUGAAACAUCCACGUUCCAAGAAACAAUUGAAAUUGACUUUGAGAAGCCUACAGAGGAAGAAACUGAAACACAUUCUGAAACGGUGACAGUCGAGUUCGAGAAACCCCAAGAGGUUGAGCAGACUGAGGAAGUUGUGGAAACGUCAACAUUCCAAGAGACCAUUGAGUUUGACGUGGAAAAACUGCAGGACAAAGAGACAGAGAUCCACAAAGAGACAAUCACAGUUGAGUUUGAAAAGCCUCAGGAAGUAGACACAGUAACAGAGGUAAUUGACAUCUCCACUACAGAGGAGACCGUGGAAACUGAAAUAGACAAACCCCAGGAGGAUAUCAUCGAAGAGGAGAGGGGAGUCAUUGUUGUGGAAUUUGAGAAACCACAGGAAGUUGACGAAAUCCAAGAGGUUGUUGACACCACACCGGUUGAAGAAACGCCUGAGUAUGAAGUUGAUCAGCCGAAGGAAGAAACAAUUGAAGAAACGAAGGAAACGAUCGUGGUGGAGAAAGAUCAGCCCCAAGAGGUGGAGGAGACUGAGGAGACCGUGGAAUCUCCUUCUGUGGAGGACACAACCGAGGUGGAAGGAGAUCAGACAACACAAGAGGUGAUUGAGAUCAUCAAGGAAACGGUCGUUAUCGAAGAGGAAAUUCCACAAGAGGUUGGUGAAACUCAGGAGGUGGUUGAAACCUCAACUUUCCAAGAAACAAUUGACCUUGAUUUUGAUAAGCCGACCGAGGAAGACACCGAGGUGUACAAAGAAACGAUUACCGUUGAAUUUGAGGAGCCUCAGGAGGUGGAAGAAACAGAAGAACAGGUAGAAACGUCAACAUUCCAGGAGACCAUUGAGUUUGACGUGGAAAAACUGCAGGACAAAGAAACAGAGAUCCACAAAGAGACAAUCACAGUUGAGUUUGAAAAGCCUCAGGAAGUAGACACAGUAACAGAGGUAAUUGACAUCUCCACUACAGAGGAGACCGUGGAAACUGAAAUAGACAAACCCCAGGAGGAGAUCAUCGAAGAGGAGAGGGGAGUCAUUGUUGUGGAAUUUGAGAAACCACAGGAAGUUGACGAAAUCCAAGAGAUUGUUGACGCCACACCGGUUGAAGAAACGCCUGAGUAUGAAGUUGAUCAGCCGAAGGAAGAAACAAUUGAAGAAACGAAGGAAACGAUCGUGGUGGAGAAAGAUCAGCCCCAAGAGGUGGAGGAGACUGAGGAGACCGUGGAAUCUCCUUCUGUGGAGGACACAACCGAGGUGGAAGGAGAUCAGACAACACAAGAGGUGAUUGAGAUCAUCAAGGAAACGGUCGUUAUCGAAGAGGAAAUUCCACAAGAGGUUGGUGAAACUCAGGAGGUGGUUGAAACCUCAACUUUCCAAGAAACAAUUGACCUUGAUUUUGAUAAGCCGACCGAGGAAGACACCGAGGUGUACAAAGAAACGAUUACCGUUGAAUUUGAGGAGCCUCAGGAGGUGGAAGAAACAGAAGAACAGGUAGAAACGUCAACAUUCCAGGAGACCAUUGAGUUUGACGUGGAAAAACUGCAGGACAAAGAAACAGAGAUCCACAAAGAGACAAUCACAGUUGAGUUUGAAAAGCCUCAGGAAGUAGACACAGUAACAGAGGUAAUUGACAUCUCCACUACAGAGGAGACCGUGGAAACUGAAAUAGACAAACCCCAGGAGGAGAUCAUCGAAGAGGAGAGGGGAGUCAUUGUUGUGGAAUUUGAGAAACCACAGGAAGUUGACGAAAUCCAAGAGAUUGUUGACGCCACACCGGUUGAAGAAACGCCUGAGUAUGAAGUUGAUCAGCCGAAGGAAGAAACAAUUGAAGAAACGAAGGAAACGAUCGUGGUGGAGAAAGAUCAGCCCCAAGAGGUGGAGGAGACUGAGGAGACCGUGGAAUCUCCUUCUGUGGAGGACACAACCGAGGUGGAAGGAGAUCAGACAACACAAGAGGUGAUUGAGAUCAUCAAGGAAACGGUCGUUAUUGAAGAGGAAAUUCCUCAAGAGGUUGACGAAACUCAGGAGGUGGUUGAAACCUCAACUUUCCAAGAAACAGUGGACAUUGACACCGAGACAGGAACCGAGGAGGAAAUUGAAGUCUAUAAAGAAAAAAUCACAAUUGAAUUUGAGGAGCCCCAAGAGGUGGAUGUUUCGGAAGAGACUGUGGAAACUUCCACUUUCCAGGAGACUAUCGCUUUUGACAUCCAAAAACCUCAGGAGGAAGAAACAAAAGAGCAAAAAGAGACUAUCACUAUCGAAUUUGAAACACCACAAGAAGUGGACACAUUUGUGGAAGAAGUUGAAAUGUCUACUACAGAAGUCACAGAAGAAACAGAAAUCGACAAGCCUCAGGAGGAGACAAUUGAAGAAGAAAGAGGGGUCAUCGUUGUCGAUUUUGAGAAACCACAAGAAGUGGAACAAGUGGAAGAGGUAGUUGAUACUGCUGCUGUUGAGGAAACUCCUGAAUAUGAAGUGGAUCAACCAAAGGAAGAAACCAUUGAGGAGACAAAGGAAACUAUCACUGUGGAGAAGGAAAUUCCACAAGACGUGGCUCAGGUUGAAACUGUUCUAGAAACAUCGGUCGUUGAUGAAACUCCAGGGAUGGAAGCUGAACAGCCUAAGGAAGAAACAGUGGAAGAAACGCGUGAAACAAUCACUGUGGAGGCUGAGCAACCCCAGGCUGUCCAGGAACUUCACGAUGUGGUUGACACAGCUGUUGUGGAAGAAACCACUCAGGUUGAAGUUGAUAGACCUCAGGAAGAGACCAUCGAAGAAACCAAAGAAACGAUUGUUGUAGAAGAGGAAAAACCACAAGAAGUUGAAGAGACUGAAGAAGAUGUUGAGGUCUCCACUUUCCAAGAAGGUAUCGAGAUUGAAAUCAAGAAACCAACAGAGGAAGACACAGAGGUGGUCAAGGAAACCAUCACUGUUGAGUUUGAGAAACCACAGGAAGUGGAGGAAGUUACAGAAAUUGUUGAGAUUUCUGCUACAGAAGAAUCAACAGGUGUGACGACUGACCAGCCUGAAGAGGAAAUCAUUGAGGUGUCUCAUGACACGGUAGUGGUUACCGAAAAACCAGAAGAGUUUGAGGAAGAAGAGGAAGAGGAAGAAGUUCCUCAUUUCGAAGAGUCUUUGGAACUAAAUAUAAAUAAACAGAAAGAAGUCGAGUCUCACAAACAAACUGUUACCUUUGAUUUCCAGAAACCACAGGAAAUUGAGACAGUCACUAAGACAUUUGAAAUUUCCCAGAAGGCGACAUCUGAGAUUCAGUUCGAGGUUUCUCCGGACACAACUGUUGACGUUCAGCAGAAAGAGGAACAAGUCGAGACAACGGAACAAACUGCAACCUUUGAACAGACCUUCCAGUUUGAUGUUAACAAACAGGAAGUGGAAACGACCCAAAGUCAAACCACUGCUAUUUCCUUUGACAUUCAGAAACCACAGGAGGCGGAAGUAAUCACUGAGGUCGUCGAUAUCUCCACUGUUGAAGAAACCACAGAGGUGGAAACUGAUCAGCCUCAGGAAGACACAAUUGAAGAAACGAAAGAGACCAUCACUGUUGAGUUUGAGAAACCACAGGAGGUGGAAGAAGUUGAAGAAACCAUUGAAGUUUCUGAAACAGAGGAAACUGUGGAGACUGAGACUGACCAACCACAAGAAGAAACUGUGGAAGAAACUCGAGAGACCAUCACUGUAGAGGUCGCCAAACCACAGGAGGUUGACCAGGUCAAGGUAACCGUUGACACAACAGUUGUGGAAGAAAUUACAGAAGAUGAAGUUGAUCAGCCCGAAGAAGAAAUCAUCGAGGAAACUAAAGAAACGAUUAUUGUAGAAGUGGAAAAACCACAAGAGGUGGAACAAGUUGUGGAGACCGUUGAAACAACAGUUGUGGAAGAAACCACUGAGGUAGAAUUUGAUCAGCCCGAAGAAGAAAUCGUUGAAGAAACCAAAGAAACGAUUGUUGUAGAAGAGGAAAAACCACAAGAAGUUGAAGAGACUGAAGAAGAUGUUGAAGUGUCCACUUUCCAAGAAGGUAUCGAGAUUGAGAUCAAGAAACCAAUAGAGGAAGAUACUGAGGUAGUCAAGGAAACCAUCACUGUUGAGUUUGAGAAACCACAGGAAGUGGAAGAAGUUGAAGAAACCAUUGACUUGUCUGAAACAGAGGAAACUGUGGAGACUGAGACUGAUCAACCACAAGAAGAAACUGUGGAAGAAACUCGAGAGACCAUCACUGUAGAAGUCGCCAAACCACAGGAGGUUGACCAGGUCGAGGUAACCGUUGACACAACAGUUGUGGAAGAAACCUCUGAGGUUGAAGUUGAUCAGCCCAAAGAAGAAAUCGUUGAAGAAACCAAAGAAACGAUUGUUGUAGAAGAAGAAAAACCACAAGAGGUGGAACAAGUUGUGGAGACCGUUGACACAACAGUUGUGGAAGAAACCACUGAGGUUGAAGUUGAUCAGCCCAAAGAAGAAAUCGUUGAAGAAACCAAAGAAACGAUUGUUGUAGAAGAAGAAAAACCACAAGAAGUGGAACAAGUUGUGGAGACCGUUGGCACAACAGUUGUGGAAGAAACCACUGAGGUUGAGGUUGAUCAGCCCGAAGAAGAAAUUGUUGAAGAAACCAAAGAAUCGAUUGUUGUAGAAGAGGAAAAACCACAAGUAGUUGAAGAGACUGAAGAAGAUAUUGAGGUGUCCACUUUCCAAGAAGGUAUCGAGAUUGAGAUCAAGAAACCAACAGAGGAAGAUACAGAGGUGGUCAAGGAAACCAUCACUGUUGAGUUUGAGAAACCUCAAGAAGUGGAAGAAGUUGAAGAAACCAUUGAAGUGUCUGAAACAGAGGAAACUGUGGAGACUGAGACUGAUCAACCACAAGAAGAAACUGUGGAAGAAACUCGAGAGACCAUCACUGUAGAGGUCUCCAAACCACAGGAGGUUGACGAGGUCGAGGUAACAGUUGACACAACAGUUGUGGAAGAAAUUACAGAAGAUGAAGUUGAUCAGCCCGAAGAAGAAAUCAUCGAGGAAACUAAAGAAACGAUUGUUGUAGAGGAUGAAAAACCACAAGAGGUGGAACAGGUUGUGGAGACCGUUGACACAACAGUUGUGGAAGAAACCACUGAGGUUGAAGUUGAUCAGCCCGAAGAAGAAAUCGUUGAAGAAACCAAAGAAACGAUUGUUGUAGAAGAGGAAAAACCACAAGAAGUUGAAGAGACUGAAGAAGAUGUUGAAGUGUCCACUUUCCAAGAAGGUAUCGAGAUUGAGAUCAAGAAACCAACAGAGGAAGACACNGAGGUAGUCAAGGAAACCAUCACUGUUGAGUUUGAGAAACCACAGGAAGUGGAGGAAGUUACAGAAAUUGUUGAGAUUUCUGCUACAGAAGAAUCAACAGAUGUGACGACUGACCAGCCUGAAGAGGAAAUCAUUGAGGUGUCUCGUGACACGGUAGUGGUUACUGAGAAACCAGAAGAGUUUGAGGAGGAGGAGGAAGAGGAAGAAGUUCCUCAUUUCGAAGAGUCUUUGGAACUGAACAUAAAUAAACAGAAGGAAGUCGAGUCUCACAAACAAACUGUUACCUUUGAUUUCCAGAAACCACAAGAAAUUGAGACAGUUACCAAAACAUUUGAAAUUUCCCAGAAGGCGACGUCCGAAAUUCAGUUCGAUGUUUCCUCUGAAACUACAGAAACAACGUUUGAAGUUCAGCAACAGCCAGAAGAACAAGUCGAGACAACGGAACAAACUGCAAUUUUUGAACAGACCUUCCAGUUUGAUGUUAACAAACAGGAAGUGGAAACGACCCAAAGUCACACCACUGCUAUUUCCUUUGACAUUCAGAAACCACAGGAGGCGGAAGUAAUCACUGAGGUCGUAGAUAUCUCCACUGUUGAAGAAACCACAGAGGUGGAAACUGAUCAGCCUCAGGAAGACACAACUGAGGAAACAAAAGAGACCAUCACUGUUGAGUUUGAGAAACCACAGGAGGUGGAAGAAGUUGAAGAAACCGUAGAGGAGUCUUCUGUCACAGAUAGUGUGGAAGUACAUCUCACGGAAGCGGAAGAAGAAGUUUUGGAUCGCCAACCAGAGACCGUGACGGUUGAGUUUGAAAAACCCCAAGAAGUUGACGCUGUAAGCGAAGAGGUUGAAAUGGUUUUGACAGAGGAAUCAACUGACGUUGAAAUGAACCAACCGCAAGAAGAAACAAUCGAGGAGACGAGAGAGACCUUUGUAGUUGAGAAAGAAAAACCCCAAGAGGUUGGAGAAGUUGAAGAAACGGUUGAGACUUCUACAUUUGAAGAAACCAUUGAGGUAGAAAUCAAGAAACCCGAAGAAGAAGAUGUUGAAGUUCAGAAGGAAACUGUGACUGUCGAGUUUGAAAAACCACAAGAGGUGGACGUUGUGAGCGAGGAGGUUGAAAUGAUCAUCGCUACAGAGUCCACUGAGGUUGAGGUGGAUCAACCCGAAGAAGAGAUUAUCGAGGAGACCAGAGAAACCAUCGUGGUCGAAGAAGAGAAACCUCAAGAUGUGGAGGAGACAGAAGAAACGGUCGAGACCUCCACUUUCGAGGAGACUGUUGAGGUAGAAAUCAAGAAACCCGAAGAAGAGGAUAUUGAAAUUCAAAGGGAAUCUGUGAUUGUAGAAUUCGAAAAGCCUCAAGAAGUUGAUACUGUCAGCGAAGAGGUUGAAAUGGUUUUGACCAAAGAGUCCACAGACAUUGAAGUGGAUCAACCUGAAGAAGAGAUUAUCGAGGAGACCAGAGAAACCAUCGUGGUCGAAGAAGAGAAACCUCAAGAUGUGGAGGAGACAGAGGAAACAGUCGAGACCUCCACUUUCGAAGAGACUGUUGAGGUAGAUGUCCAGAAACCUGAAGAAGUAGAUGUUGAAACUCAGAAGGAGACUGUCACUGUGGAAUUUGAAAAGCCCCAGGAAGUGGAGACAGUGAGCGAAGAGGUUGAAAUAAUUAUGACCACAGAAUCCACGGACGUUGAAGUUGACCAGCCGCAAGAGGAAGUCGUUGAGGAAACGAGAGAGACCUUUGUAGUUGAAAAAGAAAAACCUCAAGAGGUUGGAGAAGUUGAAGAAACGGUUGAGACGUCUACUUUUGAAGAAACCAUUGAGGUAGAAAUCAAGAAACCCGAAGAAGAGGAUAUUGAAACUCAAAGGGAAUCUGUGAUUGUAGAAUUCGAAAAGCCUCAAGAAGUUGAUACUGUCAGCGAAGAGGUUGAAAUGGUUUUGACCAAAGAGUCCACAGACAUUGAAGUGGAUCAACCCGAAGAAGAGAUUAUCGAGGAGACCAGAGAAACCUUUGUGGUCGAAGAAGAGAAACCUCAAGAUGUGGAGGAGACAGAGGAAACAGUUGAGACUUCUACAUUUGAAGAAACCAUUGAGGUAGAAAUCAAGAAACCCGAAGAAGAAGAUGUUGAAGUUCAGAAGGAAACUGUGACUGUCGAGUUUGAAAAACCACAAGAGGUGGACGUUGUGAGCGAGGAGGUUGAAAUGAUCAUCGCUACAGAGUCCACUGAGGUUGAGGUGGAUCAACCCGAAGAAGAGAUUAUCGAGGAGACCAGAGAAACCUUUGUGGUCGAAGAAGAGAAACCUCAAGAUGUGGAGGAGACAGAGGAAACAGUUGAGACUUCUACAUUUGAAGAAACCAUUGAGGUAGAAAUCAAGAAACCCGAAGAAGAAGAUGUUGAAGUUCAGAAGGAAACUGUGACUGUCGAGUUUGAAAAACCACAAGAGGUGGACGUUGUGAGCGAGGAGGUUGAAAUGAUCAUCGCUACAGAGUCCACUGAGGUUGAGGUGGAUCAACCCGAAGAAGAGAUUAUCGAGGAGACCAGAGAAACCAUCGUGGUCGAAGAAGAGAAACCUCAAGAUGUGGAGGAGACAGAGGAAACAGUUGAGACUUCUACAUUUGAAGAAACCAUUGAGGUAGAAAUCAAGAAACCCGAAGAAGAAGAUGUUGAAGUUCAGAAGGAAACUGUGACUGUCGAGUUUGAAAAACCACAAGAGGUGGACGUUGUGAGCGAGGAGGUUGAAAUGAUCAUCGCUACAGAGUCCACUGAGGUUGAGGUGGAUCAACCCGAAGAAGAGAUUAUCGAGGAGACCAGAGAAACCUUUGUGGUCGAAGAAGAGAAACCUCAAGAUGUGGAGGAGACAGAGGAAACAGUCGAGACCUCCACUUUCGAAGAGACUGUUGAGGUAGAUGUCCAGAAACCUGAAGAAGUAGAUGUUGAAACUCAGAAGGAGACUGUCACUGUGGAAUUUGAAAAGCCCCAGGAAGUGGAGACAGUCAGCGAAGAGGUUGAGAUAGUUAUGACCACAGAAUCCACGGACGUUGAAGUUGACCAGCCUCAGGAGGAAGUCGUUGAAGAAACGAGAGAGACCUUUGUGGUUGAAGAGGAGAAACCUCAAGAGGUGGAAACUGUUCAAGAAGACGUUGACGUGUCUGAGACCACAGAAACUACAACUGUACAUUUCGAAAGAACGGAAGAACAGAUCACUGAAGCAAUCAAGGAAGAAAUUGUCAUCGAAGACGAGAAACCCCAAGAAGUUGGAGUUGUGGAAGAAGACUUUGAGAUGAUUGAAGUGGAAGAAGCUGUCGAUGUGGAAACUGAAAUCUCCAAAGAAGAAGUUGUUGAAGACACUCGGGACGUGGUGGAGGUGGAGGAAGAACAGCCGUACGGAACUGAGGAAUCGUUCGAGUUGGUGGAAACUCCCAGCACGACUGAGGUCGUGGAGGAACAGGAAGUUGAGCACACCACAGAGGAAACGGUUGAAGAGGUGCAGGAGUCUGCCACCCUGGGAGAACAACCGUCGUACGAGGUAGAAGAGGUGGUGUCGGUGACCGAGGAAGCUGAGACUGACGAGAUCCCCGAGGACAUCUCGGAGGACGUGACUCAGCCGGAGGAAGUGUCCGCGGAGACCGAGGACUUUGUCCUGGUGGAUGAGAAACCGCAAGAAGUGAUGGAGACUGAGGAGGAAGUCCCUGCAUCAGAAGUGGAGGUUACUUCAGAGACCAUUGAUGAAGAAGUACCGAAAGAAGAAGUGAUCGCAGAGACUUUUGAGACUAUCGAUAUCCAACCACAGCAGCCCACAGAGGCCGAGUUCACGGCUCAGACUUCAGAAGAAGAAGUUGAGCCAAUUAGUGUUGUCAUUGAAGAAGAGAAACCCACCGAGGAUAUUAUUGAGGAGACGGUAGAAACCGUUUCUGUAACGGAUAAAACCACGUUCGACGUCGAUGUGGAGAAGGCUGACGUUGUCCUGGAAGAGGUUCUAGACGUUCCUGGGGACGUGCAGCCUGCGCAGCCGCAAGAGGAAGUUGUUGAGACAACUGGAGCGGAAGUAACGGUGGACACACAACAGGUGUCUGCUGUAGCUCCUGUGGACGAGGCUCUGGACCAACCAGAGGCCCCAGAAGAAAUUUCUGCCGAGCUUGAUGUUGUUCAACCUGAUGAGUCUGUGGAGGAGGAGAAAGAUCUGGCGACUGCCCAGCUCACGGAGGAGAAACCAGUGGAGGAGGCCCCAGAGCAGGAAACCAUUGAGGUGUCUGCGGAAAUAACGCAAGGAGACGCCCCGCUGGUGGUCACCUCUGUCGUCUCUGAGGAAACUGUUGUCUCUGUCACUGCCGAGGACACCCAGGUGGUGGUGGAAGAAUUUCGCCCCGAAGACUCUCACACUGAGGCUGAGCUGGCCAUUCCUUCCCAGGAGGCCAGCAGCCCAGUGGAAGCCCAAUUAGAGUUGACCGACGAGAAACCUGACGCCCCGGAUGUGGACGUGGAGGUCACGAUGGACGACAGGAGGGCGCCCGAGUUCUACAAGACCUUGAAGAACAUCGAGGUUCUCGAGUCCACUCGCGUGGAGAUGGAGGUGUCGUUUUUCGCCAAACCCGCCCCCACAGUCACGUGGUUCAUCGAUGACGAAGAGUUGGAGUCGACGGAAGACUUCGAGAUCACGGUCCGCGAGACGUCCAGCAUCCUUGUCAUCCCGGAGGUUUUCCCCGAGGAUGAGGGCGUGUACAAGGUGGUUCUCAUCAAUGAGGUCGGUCGUGUUGAAUCAACUGCUAGCAUCGUCGUCAAACCUGCACCCCAAGGCCCUGAAGAGGUCAGCCAAGAGGUCACCGUAGUGAGCCAAGAGGUCACUGAGGUGAGCCAAGAGGUUACCGAGGUGAGCCAAGAAGUUACGGAAGUGACCAAAGAGCUCACUGAGGUGAGCCAAGAGGUGACCUUGGAGACCACUCGCCAACAGAUCGUGGAAGAGACCACGUCCCUAGAGGUGCAGUUAGACGUCACACCGGAUCAACCAGAAGAAGGAGGAGAUAGAGAUCACCACAAGUGAGCGCUAUGUCUCCACCUACGAGGACGGACGGUGUACCCUGGUCAUCAAGAACGUGACCUUGGAUGAGGAGGCCGAAUUCAUCUGUAAAGCGACCAACGAGGCAGGAUCCUGCACCACUUUUGUGGAUAUUUUCGUAGAAAAGUCUGACCAGCAGCCCAGGAAACUGGUGCGGGAAGAGUUCUAUAGCAUGGAUGUGGAGCUAGAGAUCCACUGGCGGCGCCGGACACCGCAACAGGCGUCAGAGAGCGGAGUAAACUCUGUGGGGAAAACCCAGGAGGAGAUGGAAUAUACGUGGUGUGCUAGGAGAGGCCGAGAGACCGGGGCGAGGGGGAGUGGGGACGGGGAAGACGCGUCUGGGGACGAUUCUGAGGACUUCGAUAACGAUGACGAUUUGUAUGAUGAUGAUGAUGAUGAUGAGAAUGAGGAAGAAAGCGAUGAUGAGUGGUCUGAGGGGCGUGGUGGGAUGUCGAGAACGGGUGUGUCUGCGACGGCUAGGACCUCGUCCUCCUCGCGACAGUCUGCUCUGGUUUAUGGAGGCGGGCUGCGGGGAAUGUCGGCCGUUAGCUCGGCUAGUGGGAGAUCAGCCUUGUCGUCUGCGUCCAGUAGAAUGACGGCGGGAUCAGAAACUGUUACUACUUCCCGUCUGUUAGAAAGGGAACGGUCAGGAGUCCUCUCUGCUUCUGGUGUGUCUGAGUCAGAGAGCCGGAGAGCCGAUGGAUAUUCGUUGUCUAGGGAUAGGGAGAGACUGCAGGAUGUACGGGGGUUCGGUCUGACGACAUCGGCAUCGUCUGAACGCUUGCGGGAGACCUCGGGUUCGGGGGUGGGUGUGGGUGUGGCGUCUAGCGCCAUGCUUAGAAGUCGGGGGACUGUAGGGUUAGAGUCGGCGGUCGGGUUUCAGCACUCUCGUCGACAAACUUCUGGGAGCGGAAUGACUUCUAGUUUGUCCGACAUGACUAUCGAGACCUCUGGGCUAGGGUCUGGUGUAGGUUUUGGAGAUACAAGAGUAGGACUAGAGUCGACGUCCCGGUUUGCGGACAACCGGAUACAUACGUCGGCCUCAGACUCCGCCUUUGCUACAGUAGACAGCAGGCGGGAUAUCAGAGGAGUAGAAACGUCUAGUCGCUUCUCAGACAGUAGGCUAGAGGCAAGGGGUCUAGAGUCGGCUUUUGAGACGGAGGAGAGAAGAAGGGAGGCAUUAGACAGGGGGUUCACGUAUGGGAUAGCAGACAGAAGUCUUGCAGCUACGGGUACAAGUGUGACGUCAGAAGUGGCGGGUAGGAGACAGGAAGCCACGAGCUUGGAGACCUCGGCGGGUUCUGCAGAGCGGAGACACGGGGAGAUAUACGGGACCGGGGACAUUGAGACUCUGCACGGCGCCACAGCCAGCGGGGGGUGGGCCAAGUCCGGGAAAGACUCGAUCAACUUCCAGAGAUAUGCGAUUAAUCGGCGGACUGAGCGAUCCCAAAGUUCGUUUUCGUCUGAUUCGGGAUCGGUUCGAACGUCCUCAGAAUUCUCGCAGACGCGUCUAGAAACUUCUCAGACGGAGACACGGAAGGCCAACGACACGAAUGUGGUCGUGGAGUCGAACGUGAUCAGUGAAGAAGGUCAAAGUUUUUCUCAACACUCAGCCUAUAGACCUAAGCAAUGACCCUAGACAAUGCCAUGAUAUAGGUCACCUCCGCUGUGUGGGGCUACGACCUCCCCACCGCCCCUAGGCCUUGUGUUAUCGAUAGGCUUACUUUCUGUACAGAAGGGUAUGACCAAACUUCUCUCAGUUAUUUUAAAAUUCGGAUACUAUACUGUCAAAACGUCCUUUGGCAACCCCAUGACAAAACAGCGUGUCACUGAGUGCGGAAGAGAAACACUUUGUUCUUGUUUAGAAGUGCACGGAAAAGCUGUGGCGCCUUGUCACGUGUUGCCAGAUUCUUCCAAGGUUGUGAUUUUACCAGUUAUUUGGACAUACAAAUAGCGAACCGGCUGUUCUGUUUCCUACAUUAUGACAAGGGUUUGUGGUAUUGAGGUGAGGCAGGAGCGUUUACUAGAUUGGGAUAAGUUCAGUAAAGGGAACUAGAAGACUUAAGGGCAAGUAAGAUGACUUGUGGCCUCUGCUGUGGUCAGUGAGACCAAUGUUGACAGAGAAAAGUUUGCCACAUUUUGAGCGUUCAAAAUCUCCACUUCCACUUGGUGGAUUCGCGCAACUUGCGGGCUUCUCUCAUAGUCUCAGUAAUUCUGAUCCAUGAAGCUGGAGAGUCCUUCAAGUGACAGAAGUGCCCGCCUCUCCACUCUGUUCCCCACCCACUUAUUUCUCUGCAAGUUGUGACAAUGGAGCA